AUAGGAGCAGCCCAGUGCAGGUGAAGGCAAUGAGUAAUCAGCACAGUCAAGGUGAGCUGAAGGGCUGGAAUCAUGACAAAUACACACUGAAUGCUGGCUUUUUCAUUUGUCUUUGUGUAUUUAUUAAUUAGGGAAAGCAAUUCCUCAAUACGCCAAAGAUGGAAAACAUCAAUAAGGACAAUAUGAGCGCCACAGACUUGCAACAUUUAUUGCACCAAAUGCAAAGAACAACUUCCAUGCUGGAAGAGAGAUUGUCCAGCACCAUAACCCAUGGUUCAUCAACUGGAUUAAGUUCCUCUUCAACAGACACACAUGCAAUAGCCUCAACUUCAUCUGUAGCCACAUCUGCAUUAUAUUCCAUGACAAUGCCAGCUGCACCUUUCUCAACGUCAUCUGUUCAUCAGUCUCCUCAUAGUUUUUUAUGUGCCACGCCCUGUCAGUCUCCCAUCAGGGUCGAAUUCAACACAGUCACGUCUUCAGAGCAAUGCAAGGCCGAUCUUUGAGCUUCUCCUUAUGCUUCCUUUUCACCGCAAUCCACCAGUGAGGAAGAAAUGCAGGCCAACCUUGCCAGACUUUUUAGAACUCGUAGCACUCCAAUGCGAGGGAAGUCAGUGAAACGUAAAAGAGAGGUUCCUUGGAUACAUACCUUUGUUUGCCUACCUGAACCUGAGAUGCUCUCUGUGCCACAUUUAGAGGAAAGCAGGUUUUAUGAAGCCUGUGGGAUAGGGAAAAAAGUAAUACACUUUCACAACAAUAUGGGUGAUCACACAUAUCUGACUGAGCACUUAUACAGCACCUUUCCACCACUGAGGGAUGCUGGUGGCUACACUCUGGCUAAGAGUGACAGAGGAAAGCGCUUAAUUAAGAUCCCUAUCCCUCCUUUGGGAUAUAGCAUCCAGUUCCUAAGGCAUGAGGUUGACAUCAAGAGAGCCCCUCUCUACAUUAUUCCAUUGCAGCGGGGACUUACACUAAACACACCAAUAGAGGAGGUUUGUCCUGUUAUGGAACGCUGUUUGAAUUGUGACAAGGACUUUCCACUAUUUGAACUGCAGGGACAUUUUCAUCUAUGCCAAAAAAAUGAAAAACAUUGUCUGAAGAGGUCACCAGAAUGCACAGAGGAAGGUACAAAACGUGAUGACGAUGAAGACCUUGCCACAGCCAUAAUCUUGUCCCUCCAGGAAACUGAAACCUCAUCUUGUCAAUCUGCAGAAGUACAGAUAGAGGAGUCCCCCAUUUUGAUACCAAAUAUCAGCAACAUCGACACGCAGUCCACUGCAGAAAUUGAAAAUGAGUGUAGAUAAUGGCGACUACAGGAAUCUGGGACAAAUGAUAAGUGUGGCCCUUGUCCAUGGAGGAAUCAAGCCCUUAUUUUUUUCCUGGCGAUUAUACCACAGCAUAGCCAGUCGUCCAACACCCCCAGUCACUCUUGAAGAAGUGGAUGACAGAGAACUGCAGGAGCAACUGCAAAGGGUAAUAACUGCAGAAACUCGGGAUGCCAUAAUGGAGGCUUCAGGUUCUCUUUGUCUUCUUGGCUGUUCUGCAGGUCUCCGAAGUCUGGAUGAAAAGGAGUACUUUACACAACAAGCUCUAAGGGCAUAUGUCGAAGGAAGGACACACAAAGCUUUGGAGCAAUUUGUGGAUGGGAUGAAUGCCAUGUGCCUUGCUGAAAAAAUAAGAAGCCACAUAGAGGAACUGGAACCACUAUUUGUGGGUGGACCCAAAGCCCUUCAGCUCCAGGACCUCCUGGAUCUUUUCAGUGUAUCUUUUGCUGAACCAGGAAGCAACCGGCACAGAGCACAGAACCAAACAGUCAUGUUUUGGAAUGACUGGCUGAUUGAGGUGGAUGGUAUGGCUUCACAUUGGAUGCUUCAAUUAUACCCUAGUUUUCCUUCAGAGGGAACGCGACCAGUGACACUGGAACAAAUAUUAGUGUUUGUUUCAGUAUUGAACUCAAUCCCCCCACUUGGGUUUCCCCGACGUCCAACCAUUGAGUUUCUUCAAUGUGAUGAUGGCAGUAGAAAACUGUAUCCAGAGGCGAACACCUGUGAGGUCACUCUGCGCCUCCCCAUCCACCAGACCUAUGACAGCUUUGUGCUCUACAUGGAGUCUGGCCUGAUACAGGCUCCAACGUUUGGAUUCCUUUAGAAUCAAACUUGAUUUUUUUGUUUUGUUGUUGUUGUUCUAGUGUGUGAGGUCAAAGGUUAGUUUCAUUGACAUCAGUUUAAGUUUGUCUGCGAUAUAAAAUAAAAUAAUGCAUUUUCAGUUAAAAUGAAAAAAAGUUAUUUUCAUGAUUGUCAGUUAUGGUUGCAAAAUGUUUGUAAUUUGUGAGAUGAGCAGUUUUGGUUGUGGAUUUAUUUCAUUAUUUUAAGGAACAUAUUCUUGCAAAUAAAGCCUAUAGUGACUUUCCCCAA